UCAAUCCACUAUAAAAACAAGCCAACUUUCUAUUUCCACUCCAAACUCGAUCACCGGAAACGAAUUCACUACCAAAUCUCUCUGUUUUUCCGGUGAUGGGAUCAUGGAAUUCGUCGGAGAUGGAGGUUUUAUCGAGUGUAUUGGGAUGGAUUGCGUUUUGUGCUUGGUCGAUCAGCUUCUAUCCACAAGUUAUAUUGAAUUUCAAAAGAAAAAGUGUGGUAGGGCUGAAUUUCGAUUUCGUGGUGCUGAAUCUGACAAAGCACUCCUCUUAUCUGAUAUAUAAUGCCUCUGUCUUCUUUAGCUCGGCACUUCAACGUCAGUAUCGCCAGAAAUAUGGCUCCGAUGAGAUGAUACCUGUAGCAGCAAAUGAUGUUGCUUUCUCCAUUCAUGCGGUUGUGCUAACUGCGUUUACCUUAUUUCAGAUAGCCAUCUAUGAUCGAGGGGGUCAGAAGGUCUCCAGGACUAGUAUGUCAAUAGUCUCAGUAGCCUGGUUGACCGUCAUUGUCUGUGUGUUCAUAGCUAUACCUAAGCAUUCCUGGCUUUGGUUGGCCUCCUGCUUUAGCAUAUUGCAGGUUAUCAUGACAGUAAUCAAGUACAUACCCCAAGCAGUUAUGAACUUCCGUAGGAAGAGCACAAUUGGAUUUAGCAUUGGCAACAUAUUGCUUGAUCUACUUGGAGGAUUAACAAAUUAUGGGCAAAUGGCUGUCCAAUCUAUAGAUCAACAUUCGUGGGUGAACUUCUAUGGGAAUAUAGGCAAGACAUUGCUUUCUUUGGUGUCUAUCUUCUUCGACCUCCUGUUCAUCUUGCAACAUUAUGUGCUCUACCCAGCCAAGACGACAGUGAAACCUCCUCCAAGUCCGGACUUGUGCGGUCUACCACCCCAGUGACUUGAUAUUUGGGAACCAUCUGUGCCUGUCUAGUCUCUGUUGAAGAGGGCGUGUUAGAGUCCUAUACUGGCUAUACUCGGACCGUUUCUUCUAGACAUAUAUUGGAACUUCCACUUUUAUCUGUAAAGAGCUCUUUUGAAACUAGUCUAAUGUUUUCAGAUCUUUUAGGGUUGCAUGUUGUUUAUUUGCGAUAUGGAUGUCUUUGUUAAGCAAAUCUAUGCUAUUGGGAGGACCCACCAAUCUGUAGAUAUAAAUAUAUUCAACAUUUGGUAGAUA